ACUUGCUUUGGCAUAAUGUCGUCAUAGCAACGGGUUGUGCUGCAAACCGUACCGUUCCCAGCUUUAACAUGCACCUGCUGGACAUUGUGUCGCCCAAACAAUCAUCAACAAAAGCUGACAGGCGCAAAAGAAACGGCUGCCACCGUUGGCUACUGGAUAACAAAUGGCACAGGGGGAACCCAAACCUCCUGGGAAGCCCAACUUUCAAACAAUCACAGCGAUAAUGUGUCCACUUGAAAAGCCACUAUCUUUCAUCAUCAGUAAAUAGCCAAUAAUUCAUGGGUAUUAUUUCUUCAUGAGAGCUUCUCGAGGAGAAUUUCUUUCUCCCCAUUUUCCAUCAAAGGGUUAAGGUUUCUCUCUGUAAAACCUGACAGAGCAGAAAUGAUACUAGGUAAAUACCAGGCACAAAGGAAAACUCAGCAGCGGUGUAAAACAUGGCGGACUGGCCACUUGAAAGUUAGAAACAACACAAUGAUUUGAUCUCUAUCUCAAGAUGCGAGAACCCCUAAAGACUCUGUAAGCAUGGAAAAGUGUGUAGAACAUUGCAUUCCUUUGGAGAUGAGCCAGUGCCAAGGCCAUUGGCCCCACAUUUCUGUCUCCAGCAGGUUCUAUGCAAACAUUGCACUGAUUGGCUAAGCUCUUAAUGACAUCUUCAAGCAGGAAGCUGAUUGGUCGACAUGUGGAUCUCACCAAUGGAGCAGGAUACCCAUUUGUUUUAUGCAAAUGAGGAGGUGGGCACACAUAAAAAUCUGGGGUUCAGAGACAGGUUCGUGAGUGCUCCUUACGACUUCAACAAGGAAACUUCCCUCUCCAGUCUGGUGAGACAUUGCCCAGUAAAGCGAGCCUGGUAUAGCGACAGGGAUCUUACAUCAAGACUCAGAGGACACACGACACCACAGUUGGUAACUGAAAGUUUAACCUCCAGAAGAAAAAGCUCUGAUCAAGAGUACUUCUGAGGACAUUUCUGAGACGUUCAACCAAAAAGAAGACCUGCUAAACAGUGUCAGCAGAACAUCUGAUGGCAAUGGUUAAGGAGUUCAACAUGCGUUACGUGUUCCUGCUCGUAUCCUGCCUCCUGCUGCAGCAUCUUGCCACAGUCACCUCCUGCCCAACAAGCCCGGCAUGCUCCUGCGAUGGCACAGAUGUCAACUGCAACAGUCUCCAGUUGAACGUCAUUCCGACCAACAUACCCACCGAUACCACUGCUUUAAGUCUUUCCCAAAACCAGAUUGCCGCUUUCUUUGUGGACAUCUUCUGUUCCUUUGACAGUCUACAGACUCUUGACUUAUCCUACAACCAUCUGCUGACUCUAGAAGAGGCAGCAUUUUGCAGGCUGUCCACCAUAGUGACUCUUGACCUCUCACAUAACAACCUACACGACAUUCAUGAAUCCACCUUUGAUGGCCUCUCAUCUGUUCAAACUCUGAGACUCUCAUACAACAACUUGAGGAAUUUACCCAAUGGCUCAUUCUCUGACUUGGCAGGUCUGAAAACAAUUGACUUGUCUCAUAACUCUCUGACAGAGCUGCCUGAAAAUAUCUUCCUCUCCAACGAUCUCAACAACCUGGACCUUUCCUACAAUUACCUAACUUCCUUCCCCCUCUCUCAGGCAUUGCCACUAGAUAAAAGCUUUGCAAGUGUCUUCAACUAUCAACUCAAAAUUGACUCCAACAGGAUCACGACCUUCCCUUCUUCUGCCUCUGCUCAUUUUGAAUACUACGUGUGGGCAACAGUAACCAUGGCGGACAAUGCCAUCAGUUGUGACUGCGAACUACUGCCAUUUGCAAACAUGCACAAGGCGGGCAUCUACAGUCCAUUUGAUUGGCCAGUCUACCUGGCAUGUGGCAGUCCUGAUUGGCUACAGGGACAACAGAUCUACUACCUGGACACUGCAAAACUGACCUGUAUUGCCCCAAACAUCACACGCACUGCUCAGGACCAGGAUGUGAACGUGGUUCAGGGAAACAGCACAAUAUUAAGCUGUGAGGCAACUGGUCUACCAAACCCAACAAUCGUGUGGACACUGCCAAACGGUGACACUGUAGAUUCUUCCACAGAGGGAAACACCAAAUUCACCCUAUCAGAGUCUGGUGCAUUAUACAUUGCGAACACUGAACCGGGUGAUGAAGGCAGCUACAAGUGUGAAGCAGAGAAUACUUAUGGAUCUGUUGCUAUUUACCACAAUGUUACUGUAAUGAAAAGACUGAUGAGUGAGACAGUGGACACUAGUACACAGAACACACUGCUGUCUUCAACACAGGCAAUGACAUCACCUGUGAAUGAGUCAGAAAAUAGCAUCUGGAAUAGUUUCAUCCCAGAUGAAGCCGUGCCAAUCACUGUCAUUGUGUCAACCAUGGUUGGAAGUGUUUUGGUCAUUGGUGCCAGCAUAGCAGGAGUUAAUGUUUGUAUUGCAAAGUGUACAGCUGCCAAAGCAACACAAGUGGUUCCCAUUUAGAUACCAUUUGCAACAUAACAUGUAAGUUUUUCUUGUCUUCACAUUAACUUGGGUGAUCCAAGUGAGUUUUUGUAAAAAUGACAUGUUUUAUGAUUAUCAGUUGUAAGUAUUAUGAAGUACUAUUAAUAGUGUAAAGUAUAGAAAUGUUUGGUCAACAU